AUGUCCCAGUCACUGUCUCUCUUCUCUGCUCAGGUACAGUUCUUGAACGACCACCUCGCUCUCAUACACAUCCCCCUAGAUCUAUACCCAUUUUUCUUGCAACCAAUACUCCAACUCAUUUUCCACGAUGUACCUCCUAUCGAAGACAUACACCCGGAUGAACCGGAUGAACCUGGCUUGAGAGAUCUUCGGAAAUCCGAACCCACGCAUCCUGCGUUUCUCAACGUUUCCAUCACCCCAGUCGAAUGUUCAAUUGUUUGUUCGAGAGCGUUGGCAGAGUUGUAUUUUCGACCAUCGGCAGAAGAGUUCAACAAAAAUGGACCUUCUAAAGCGAACCAAAUUUCAAUCAGCAAAGAGGAUUUCAUCGCUAUGCAGGUUGAUGGGCAGGGGUUGGAUGCCGGCCAAAGAGUUCUGGAACUGACCAGUCCUCUUGCCAUGGCAGGAGUAUCCAUAUUCUUCAUGUCAACUUAUUUCUCCGACUACAUCCUCGUUCCCCGCCGGUCAAAGGGCCAUGUAACCCAGGCACUCGAGAACCGUGGCUUCACCUUCGAAGCGUCUUCCGAUGCCUUCGUCAACAGCAGCAAUAACCCGCAACGCCGCAGCUCCGCCCCAUCGCUAGAAGCACAACAAUCGCCGCCCUUAACCCCUCCCCCGCCAACGCUCUCAGAGCUACAGACCCGAACGUUCGCCGCUUUACGGAAACACAACAUACACGCCCGUGUCGACAAAUCCCUCCGCAUCGUCCAGUGCGCGGCCCAAUACUCGGCAUCUGCCCGCCGAUCCUCUUCCCCUUCAAUCCUCCGCCCAAGCCUCGUCACCACCCUAAUUCUCGAUAAACCCCGCUUCCUCUCCCUCACUCUAACUGCCACCGACCCGGCCGCGUCUAUACUGCUCGAAAAACGACUCCUGCCCCGCUUCUCGCUGGAUCCCAUCUGCUUAGUGCCCCCAAACCAGCUGUCCAGCGACUUCUCACUUGACGAGAGCAGCAAUAACCUCCUCCUCAUCUCGAAGGACGACGUCCUCGUCCCUAUCAUGCUGGACCUACGCGAUCUCCCGCUGGAAGCGACUGGGAUCGUCUGUGGCGUAGCUAGCCGGCUCGCGGCUGCGACACAAAGUCGAGAACCUAACAGAACCAGUGGCGAGAGUGACGAUGGCCAUGAUCAUGACGGUGGUGGAGAUGGUUAUGACAGCUCCGAUGACCACGGCGAUGGUGUUAGCGCCGUGGAGAUUCCGAGGAAUGCCUCCUCCCCUCUUGCCCGGUUCAACGACAAUAAUCAAAAUGAUGACAAAAGUACGUCAUCACUCUGGUCGCGGAAGCGGAGGCGGAUGACGACGUCGAUGAAUCAGAAGAAAAACGGUGGGCAAGCGCAGGGCGCCCACAAGCCGCUUCGUAGAGUCUCGUCAGAAACGGGCUCGUCGUAUAUGGAUGCUGUUGAUAUAAGCUUCCUCAGCACGGUGAGAGCUGGCACUGUCAUCGUUGGUGAGAGGGAGCUGGAAAGGGCAAUGGCUUCAUUGGAUGCGGCUGAGAUUGGCGCUUGA